AUGGCGCGAAAUUUCUUCACAUUUCCCAGCGUCACGCUGAUAACGCUGCUUGAGAUAUUGCUGGUAAACACGCGCUACUCGCAGCUGGCGCCGUCCGGGCUGCCCCGGUCCCAGCUCUUCCUCUUCAUCGCCGCGGCAAACUAUGUCUUUCUCCUGCUGUGGACCACGCGCAUCUACCCCGUCUUCUUCCACCCGCUGCGGCGAUUUCCCGCCCCAAAGAUAAACAUGGUCUCUCGGAUCUUCACGCAGCUCGGGUCGUCGCUGCCGCCGGGCCAGGCGCUGCUGGACAUGGCGGAGUGCACGCCCAACGACGGGGUCAUGGUGCUGCAGGGCCACGGCGAGUGCCUGCUGCUGACGAAACCCGGGGUGUUGGGCGAGGUGCUGGUGCAGCACCCGUACGACUUCGCCAAGCCCAGCUACGCGCGCGACUUCAUGCGGCCGGUGCUGGCCGACGGCCUGGUCAUCGUCGAGGGCGAGCGCCACCAGUUCCUACGCAAGCACGUGCAGACGGGCUUCAAGCUGGCCCGUAUCCGCGCCCUGUACCCGGCCAUGAUGGCGAAAGCGGCGCGGCUCGUCGAGGUGCUUGGUGAGGACGAGGUCAGGGGCAGUGCUGGGAGCGUCGUCGACGUGAGCGUGUGGGCGGGCAAGGCGACCUUCGACACCAUCAUGGCCGCCGCGCUGGGCUGCGACCUCGACGUGCUGCGCCGCCCGCACGAGCCGCUGCUCAAGCUGUACGCGGCCGUGCUGCAGCCCAGCACCGCCGCCUUUGUGCACCUCGGCCUGCUGUUCCUGCUCCCGCCCGACGUUGUGCGCCUGCUGCCGUUCGACGCCGGCCGCUCCAUGCGCGAGGCCGGCGACAAGUUGCGGCUCGUCAUGACGGAUCUCAUCCGCCAGCGCCGCGCUGCCAUCCUCAGUAGCGGCAGCCUAGACGACGGCAGUGACGGCCGCGUCGAUAUCCUGUCGGAGCUGAUCAAGGACGGGUUUUUGUCAGAGGACGACAUGGUCGACCAGCUGCUGACGUUUAUGCCUGCGGGCUACGAAUCGACGGCGUCCACCGUGUCCUGGAUCAUGUACCUGCUGGCGGUGCACCCAGAGUGGCAGGACAAGCUGCGGGCCGAGGUCGGGCGCGCGCUGCCCGACUUCGCACCCCUCAGCAACGACGAAAAGCCCGGCUACGACGACAGCACGCUAGCGGCCGUGCUCGAGCGGCUGCCGUACCUCAACGGCAUUGUCAACGAGACACUGCGACUAUACCCGAGCCUGCCGGUGACGGCGCGCGUGGCGGCGCGCGACACGAGCAUCGCGGGCCACGCCGUCGAGAAAGGCACCGAGAUCGUCCUGUCGGCCUGGCUCGUCAACCGGUACACGGCCGUGUGGGGCGCCGACGCGUGCGUGUUCCGCCCGGAGCGCUGGAUUACCCCUACCACCCCUGGACCUGGGCCUGAUGGAGAGAAAGACGACGAGGCCCGCUUCCGCGACGGCACACCCAACAACACGGGCGGCGUCGCCGGGAACAACUACGCCCACAUGACGUUCCUGCACGGCCCGCGCAACUGCAUCGGCCAGGGCUUCGCGCGCGCCGAGCUGCGCUGCCUGACGGCCGCCCUCACCGCCGCCUUCUCCUGGCGGCUGGCUAUGGAUCCGCGCCGCGCUGUCCCCGUCGGCGUCAUUGCCAGCCGCCCUGCCCACGGCAUGUUUCUGCACCUCGAGCGGGUGAAGCGGUGA